AUGCGCGGCAUUGAAAUCAAGAAAUAUGUCAAGAGCCCUGCGGAGCUCCAGGUGACGGAGCUGCCCGAUCCCGUGCCCAAAGACGACGAGUAUGUCAUCGAGGUGCACGCCGCGGCAGCCAACUUUUUCGAUAUCCUGCAGCUUCAGGGCCGCUAUCAGAGCCAGCCGCCCUUCCCAUGGGUCGCCGGCGCCGAGUUCGCCGGCACCGUCGUGUCCACGCCGCGCAAGAGCAAGGCCAAGCCGCGCUUCGCCGUGGGAGCGCGCGUCUUCGGUGCCGGGCAGGGCGCCUUUGCGACGAAGCUGUGCGCCAAGGAGGUCGCGCUGCUGCCCGUGCCCGAGGGCUGGUCGUUCCGGGACGCGGCGGGAUUGUUUGUCACGGCGCCGACGAGCUACGGCGCGCUGGUGGUGAGGGCGGGCGUCAAGGCGGGUGAUGUGGUGCUGGUGCAUGCGGCGGCGGGAGGAGUCGGGCUUGCGGCUGUUCAGGUCGCCAAAGCCUUUGGCGCAACCGUCAUCGCCACCGCCUCCACCCCGCGCAAACUCGAAAUCGCCAAAUCCUUCGGCGCCGACCACAUAAUCUCCUACGCCGACGCCGACUGGCCCGCCAAAGUCAAAGCCUUGACCCCAAAGUCCCGCGGCGUCGACAUCGUCUACGACCCCGUCGGCCUCGUCGACAAGUCCACAAAGUGCACCGCCUGGAACGGCCGCAUCCUCGUCGUCGGCUUCGCCGCCGGCGCCAUCGAAAAGGUCGCCAUGAAUAAGGUCCUGCUCAAGAACAUUUCGCUCGUGGGCAUUCACUGGGGCGCGUACUCGAUCCAUGAGCGCGAGACGAUUCCCAAGGUGUGGGAGGGGAUUAUGGGGUUGGUCAAGGAGGGCAAGAUUCGGGGCACCGAGUAUACGGACGAGGAGUUUGUUGGGCUGGACAGGGUCAAGGAUGCGCUCAUGGCGCUGGGAGGAAGAGGAACUUGGGGAAAAGUCGUCAUCAAGGUUCCUCAGGAGGGCAGCAGUCGGUUGUAA